AAAGUCCUGCCCACCUGCACAGGUGAGCUCUGACGUCACAGCGGACCAGGAAGGGACGGGAGGAGGAACCUUCUGCUCAGACUUUCGCUUCACGCUAUUUGUAUGUUCCGGAGAGCUGACCUACUUUUGUGAAGCGAAUCACUGGAAAGCAAUCCUCGUUCGUCAAAAAUGUGUACUUUUGAUAAGGACAAGGGGGCGAGGAGGCUGAUGAAGAAGGGGCUGACCCUCAUCCUGGUCGGCCACAUCAACUUCAUCCUGGGGGCCAUCGUCCAUGGCAACGUACUGCGGCACAUCUCCCAGCCGAGCGAGCACAUCACCACGGAGUACACCAUGGCCAACAUCAUCUCCGUCACCUCCGGGCUGCUGAGCAUUUUAACCGGUGUGAUCGCCAUCCUGGUGUCAAGAAACCUCCCAAUGUUGAAACUGCAAGUGGGGCUCCUGGUUUGCUCGUUCUUCAACGCUCUGAUGUCAGCCGCCUGCAGCGUGGGCCUCCUGGUGGCCGUCGGCCUCACCAUCGCCCACAACGGCCAGCUGCUGAUGAGGGGGUGCAACGAGACGGAGGUCCCCGCCAACGCCCGCUCGGCCGUCGGCUCGCAGUGCCCCUUCGACAACACCAAGAUCUACGACACCGCCCUGGCGCUGUGGAUCAGCUCGGUGCUGCUGGCCAUGGUGGAGGUGGGGCUGUCGGUCUGGUGCUUCAGCGUGGGGCUGACUCUCAGAGGGCUGGCUCCCUGCGGCAACCACUACAUCAAGGAACAGUUGGAGGAGGGCGCUCUGUCCAAUAGGAACAGAGCAGGGGCGGGAUUUCCCACCCAGGGCCAGAUCCUGAUUGAACGGCAGAACACUGACGUCUGAUUGGACCAGCACCGUGUCAAACACAGCCAGUACUAGAGUUCUGUUUUCAAAAUGCCAAUAUUAUUGGUGCUAUUUUUCUAUUCUAAAGAGGUUUUCUGGGAAGGAUUAAUUUAGAUUCUGGUUUGGUAAUCAGAUUAGGCUGCUGAUAUAGGAUGACAUGUCAUCAAGGAAAGUAAAUUAUCUAAAAUAUCACUCGAAGGGAAUACAUUUCAGUGCAAAAUAUAUUUUAUGCAGGUAUUACUAAUAUGAAGUUCAAGUGAUGGUAUUUUAGUUUGAGGUUUGCUUGUUUUUUUAUAAGACGGAAGUAAUUGCCAAAGAUUUGUUUUUGUAUUUAAAUGAUUUGAUUAUGCUUAUCUUACAUUUUAGUUAAAUGCUUUUUCUAAGCCUUUCUGCUAUGCAUAUCAUGGCCUGGAAGUCAUGUGGCUUUUGUAAGAAAGACACAAAUCAACAAAUAUAGGCUAUUCAUAUUUAUUAAAUUAAAAGCAAGGCACUUAAAAACAAAAGAUGCAAGCUGUCGAAUCAUGGCUUGCACAUCCGCUGUUAAUCCAUCUGAUUGUUUAAGAAAGAUUUCAUUGUUAUAUAAAAAAUUUAUAUUAAACAUUUGCGUAGUAGCAAUAACAUAAAUUAAGUCUUAUUUUACGCUUUUAGAAGGAUAACCUGAGGGAUAAUUUUUAAUUCUGCUUAUUAGAGAAAAUAGAAAAGCCUGCUUUGCAUAUUAAUUGGCCAGCACAUGUGUGCAUAGUUUGCAUGCAUUUAUGCAUGUGCAUGUGUGAGAGAAAAGACUCCUCCAAGGAUGCAUGCGGGUGUGUCUAUACAUUCAUGCCUGUUUUAUUUGUAGCACGUUUACACGCCCUUGCAUAUUCUUUUUAUUUGCAUGCUUGCCCAGUGACACAAACCAGUUCAGUGAAAGAGCAUUUCAGUAGUAGAAGAACCAUAACGUUCCUCUGCAUUU